ACAGGGCCGGGCUGGGCACACAGCAGCACGGGCGGCACCGGGCAUACAACAAGGCCGCAGUGGCACCAGGGGACGACGGACGGCACAGGACACAGACGGCCUCAGGCCCUGGCAGUCUCAGCGGAAUCCAGACUCAGCAGGGCGACUCUCAGCGGACUGAGAGUGGUGGAGCGUCUCUCAGCAGCAUCUAUACGGAGCGUCUCUUCACGGCCUCAGCGAUCUCGUCUGGUCUAAAGGUGAGUCUGGGGCGGGCUGUCGGUAUAGGGUUUGACCUAGCGGGUCGCCUUAGAAGGCCGUAAGAGGUCUCAGAGUGUCUCAGGAUGUCUCAGAGUGCCUCAGAGUGUCUCAGGAGACCUCGGAAGGUGCUACGAUCCGCUCCGAGCUGAGAGAGCCCGCGGCGCCGCGGCUGAGUCCGCCGCUGGGGCGCGGCGAUACGGUUCGGUGGGGAUCACGGACCAGUUUUGUGCCCACAUGGUGCACCGCUGGUGAGCGCCGGCCGAGGCCGCAGCUGUGGCCGCCGGACAGGGAGGCAGGGAGAAGCAGAACGGCAGAGUGCGACGCUGCGACACCACGGAGUUCUGACGGUGCUAGCUCCCGUGCAAUAUGAGGGAGUCGCGAUCAGAGACCCGGGGCGGCGGCAGCCGGGCCAGAGCCAAGAGCAGGAACAGGAAGGAGGCGGAUACCACUGCUGACGUCGCCGCGACGGGGACGGUCUCCAAGGCGAGCGGUGCCUCCCAGCCAGAUGUCGUGCCGCCAGAUCCUCCCUCGCAGCCGGCACCGGAUCCUCCCUCUGAGCCGCCACCCAAGCCGCUGAGCUGCAAGGAGCUGGUGAAGCUGCACCUCCAUCUGCUGGAGAAGGAGCACAGGACCGAGGUGUGGGACCGCCAGCGCCUGUACGGCCGCGACCAGCUGCCGGGGCUGCUGGUGGUGCAGCAGCGCAGGACGCGGCACCGCUUCCACGAGCUGCUGCUGCGACCCGCCGCCGGUCGGGACGCGAUGUUCCCCAGAAACUGCAUCUCCAGCCGGGACAGCGUCAGGGUGCGCGUGGGCGAGCGGUGGCCCACGGCUGUCGUCCGGCACAAGACGGACUUCGAGCUCACUCUGGUGAUGGACAAGAACAAGAGUAAACACGUCCCCCUGCACACGCUCGUGGACGUGCAUAAGAUGCACGACGACAGCACCCACGAGAGGAUGUGCGCCGCCCUGAAGGCCCUCCCGUCGCUGAACUCCGGUCCGCUGGGAUGUCUCCGGGCCACCCUGUUCGCCGAAGAUGCCUGCCCGCUGGAGCCACCGGCGGCACAGCUGCCGCCGCAGCUCCUCGACGAAAGCGGCCAGCUGCGGCUCUUCAACACCCUGCUGGACCCGUCGCAGCGCGCGGCAGUGGAGUUCACCCUGCGCCAGCAGCGGCUGGCGAUCAUCCACGGGCCGGCCGGCACCGGGAAGACCACCACGGCCGUGGAGGCGAUUCUGCAGCACGUGGAGCGAGGUCAGCGGGUGCUGGUGUGCGCGCCGUCCAACACUGCCGUGGACAACCUGCUGGAAAAACUGUGGGAGGCCGAGCUGGGAAACAUGGUCCGACUGGGACAUCCAGCGAGGAUCCAGGAGAACCUGCUGGACUUUUGGAUUGACCAAUGCGCCGCCUACCUUCUCGAUGACUGGGAGAAGAGAUUGGGCGAGGACUGGAACGACAUGCCCAACGAAAAGCAGCUGAAGAGAAAGGUCAUCGAAGAUGCGGAGGUGGUGCUGUGCACUCUGGCAACGGCCAGCGAGCAGGGGCCGCUGAAGCUCACCAAACAGGGUGGUGAGUUUGACCUGCUGGUGAUCGACGAGGCCACGCAGGCGCUGGAGGCGGCCUGCUGGCUCGCCAUACCGCGCGCCAAGAAAGUGCUCAUGUUCGGGGAUCCGGAGCAGCUGUCUCCGAUGCUGCGGAACAAGUCGGCCGAGAAGGGCGGCCUGUCCGUGUCGCUGAUGGAGCGCCAGCUGCAGCUGCACGGCGACGCGCUGGUGUGUAAGCUCGGCGUCCAGUACCGGAUGAACGAGCACAUCCAGGAGUGGUCGUCGGGCCGCUACUACGGCGGACUGCUCUCGGCGGCGCCGCACGUGCUGCGCCACCGGCUCUCCCAGCUGCCUGGGGUCCGGGACACAGCCGAGACUGGCCCGACGCUACUGCUGAUCGACACGGCCGGCUGUCGCCUCGCCGAGUCCACUCCCGAUCAGACCCGCUCUAGACAGAACCUCGGCGAGGCGGCGCUCGUGGCGGCGCAUGCCGCCGCGCUGGCGGCCGACGGCCUCCUCCAGCAGCACAUGGGAGUCAUCACCCCGUACGCGGCUCAGACGGCGGCCGUGCGCGCGGCGCUGCGGCGUCAUAAACUCCCCGACGUCGAGGUCAACACCGUGGACGGCUUCCAGGGCCGCGAGAAGGAGGCCAUCCUACUGUCCCUGGUCCGCUCCAACCCGAACCGAGACGUGGGCUUCCUCGGCGACAAGCGACGGAUCAACGUGGCGGUGACGCGCGCGCGUCGGCAGCUGUGCGUCGUCUGCGACACGGAGACGGUCUCCUCGGACGAGGUCCUCGCCUCGCUGGUGACGCACCUGCGGCGAAACGGCGAGGUGCGAUCGGCGCGCAAAUGUCGCCUGUGAGGGACCGGACAUCUCACUGCAGAGCGUAACGCCACCUGGGAGUCACGAUCCACAAGCUCUGAAUGAGGACGCGGCACCUGCGAAUCACAAGUCGCCACCUAUAAAUUGCGAGGCAGUGCUCUACACAUGGAAAAUUGCCACCUAUUAGAGACCUGGCUUGGACAAACCCAGAGACAAAGUGUCAGGGAGUUAGCAUCAGAAGAGUGUCGGUGCAAAGGCCCGAGGUUGGCAGGGGGAGGGGGGGGGUCAGGGGACCAGGCCCGGUGAGCUGCGUCAGUGAUGUUUGCGGCACCGAGGCUUGGCGUCGUUGGGAGUUUUUAGGCGGAUGCCAGUGAUCUGGCUGUGAGGGCAUUCAGCUGUGAUGUCGGAUGUGAUAAGCGCCGGGAUGCACAGAACAGAACUGAUAUACUAUAUUUUGAUGUGUGAAAUGUUUAAAGGGGUUGCAUUUUAGCCUAGAAUAGCUUCAAUAAAUUAGACGACUAUCCUUUACUGUGUGCUAUCAAUAACGUCUUUUAACGAUUACCGGCACUAUCACAUGAAUGAAUAAUAAAUAUCAAUAGGAAUGAA